CAGCAGCAGCUCCAGCUCCUCACUGGCUUCCUCCUCUCUCUCUACCAGCCGCAGAACAUGAGCUCUCUUCUCUCCGAGCGGACGCAUAACGAUACAGAUGGUUUCAUUACGGCAACCCGCUUCAUGCUGACCGAAACUGCUGCUGCUGUUGUUUAGGAAACAAAUCUCCCACCUCCACUGUUACAAGGUGGUGCUUUUUUUUGGAUGCGCCAUGCAAUCUCGCCGGUGGAGUUGUGGCAUUCGGCUGGUGGCAUGGACGUGCGUUUGGAGUCUGGCGCUGCUCGGAGCGUGGUGCAUCCCAGCAAAUGAAGUGAACCUGCUGGAUUCCCGCUCUGUGAUGGGAGACCUAGGAUGGGUGGCCUAUCCUAAGAAUGGGUGGGAGGAGAUCGGGGAAGUCGACGAGGACUACGCUCCCAUCCACACCUACCAAGUGUGCCGGGUCAUGGAGCAGAACCAGAACAACUGGCUCCACACCAACUGGAUCCUGACCGAGGGCGCCCAGCGUGUCUUCAUCGAGCUCAAGUUCACCCUGAGGGACUGCAACAGCCUGCCCGGUGGGGUCGGGACCUGCAAGGAGACGUUUAAUAUGUAUUACUACGAAUAUAACGGCGAGGAGGAACUGGAGGACGGAGAGAUGAGAGACGGGACGGGGAUGACGGAGGAGGAGGACCGGGCGAUGAAAGAGAGCAGAUACAGCAAGAUCGACACCAUAGCCGCCGACGAGAGCUUCACCGAGCUGGACCUUGGGGACCGCGUGAUGAAGCUCAACACCGAAGUCCGCGAUUUAGGCCCCUUGACCCAGAAGGGCUUCUACCUGGCGUUUCAGGAUUUGGGGGCCUGCAUCGCUUUAGUCUCGGUGCGCGUUUUCUACAAACGCUGCCCGUUUCUGGUGAAGAGUUUGGCCGAGUUCCCCGACACCAUCCCGGGCUCGGAGGCCUCGCAGCUGGUGGAGGUGGUGGGCCGCUGCGUCAACAACUCCCUGCCUUUAUACGAGCCUCCCAGGAUGCAUUGCAGCACAGAGGGGGAAUGGCUGGUGCCGAUCGGGAAGUGCGUGUGCCAGCCGGGAUUUGAGGAAAUCAACGGAUCCUGUCAAGUCUGCAAAGUGGGGUUUUACCGCUCGCUGCUGGAGUCUUUGGCCUGCAGUAAAUGUCCACCCCACAGCGUGGCCAAGCAGACAGGAGCCACUGCUUGCAGUUGUGAGGACGGAUACUACAAGAUCGACUCCGACCCUCCUAAUAUGGCCUGCACACGCCCUCCUUCUGCUCCCCGCAACGCCAUCUCAAACGUCAACGAGACCAGCGUCUUCCUGGAGUGGUCCGUCCCCAUGGAAACGGGCGGCAGGAAGGACGUGCGCUACAACAUCCUGUGCAGACAGGUCCUGCCAGAGGGAAGGGGCUUGGAGGAAUGCGGCCCGAACGUGCGUUUUCUGCCGCGCCGCGUGGGCCUGUCGAACACCUCGGUCAUGGUGGCCGACCUGCAGUCGCACACCAACUACAGCUUCCUGCUGGAGGCUGUCAACGGGGUGUCGGAGCUGGCCAAAGACCACGCCAAGCAGUACGUGUCGCUUAACGUGACGACCAAUCAGGCAGCACCGUCCCCGGUGAGUGUGGUGAGAAAAGGUCUUACGGGGAAGAGCAGCAUCGCCCUUUCUUGGGCCGAGCCUGAUCGCCCCAACGGCAUCAUCCUGGAGUACGAGAUCAAGUAUUUUGAAAAGGAGCAGGACUCCAGUUACACCAUUAUAAAAUCCAAGGAGACUGAGAUGGUGGUGGAAGGCCUGAAGCCCUCCUCAGCCUACAUCUUCCAGGUGCGAGCCAGGACCUCGGCAGGCUAUGGCGCAUUCAGCCGGCGUUUUGAAUUCCAGACCAGCCCUUACUUGACUGCGACCAGUGAGCGCGCCCAAGCUUCCAUAGUAGCGGUGGCCAUCACGUUGGCUCUGGUCCUACUGGCGGUAGUCGCUGGAUUCCUGCUCAGUGGACGGCGGUGUGGUUACAGCAAAGCAAAGCAGGAUCCUGAGGAGGAGAAGAUGCACUUCCACAACGGUCACAUAAAGUUCCCGGGGGUGCGCACCUACAUUGACCCGCUCACCUAUGAAGAUCCCAACCAGGCGGUGCAUGAGUUUGCCCAGGAGAUCGACGUCUCGUUCAUCUCCAUAGAGAGGAUCAUCGGAGCUGGCGAGUUUGGCGAGGUGUGCAGCGGGCCGCUGAGGCUGCCGGGGAAAAGAGAGAUCCAGGUCGCCAUCAAGACCUUGAAAGCCGGCUACACGGAGCAGCAGAGACGCGACUUCCUGUGGGAGGCGUCGAUCAUGGGCCAGUUCAACCAUCCGAACAUCAUCCGUCUGGAGGGCGUAGUCACCAAGAGCAAGCCGGUGAUGAUCAUCACUGAAUACAUGGAGAAUGGAUCGCUGGAUACGUUUCUCAAGAAAAAUGAUGGUCAGUUUACUGUAAUCCAGCUGGUUGGUAUGCUGCGCGGCAUUGCGUCUGGCAUGAGAUACCUCUCCGACAUGGGCUAUGUCCACCGCGAUCUAGCAGCUCGUAACAUCCUGGUCAACAGCAACCUCGUGAGUAAGGUGUCUGAUUUCGGCCUGUCCCGAGUCCUGGAAGAUGACCCGGAGGCUGCGUACACUACGCGGGGCGGGAAGAUUCCUAUUCGCUGGACGGCUCCGGAGGCGAUCGCAUACAGGAAGUUCACCUCAGCCAGCGACGUGUGGAGUUACGGGAUCGUCAUGUGGGAGGUGAUGUCAUACGGAGAGAGACCGUACUGGGAGAUGUCCAAUCAAGAUGUAAUAAAGGCAAUAGAGGAGAGCUAUAGGUUGCCGGGUCCUAUGGACUGCCCUGAGGCUCUGUACCACCUAAUGAUGGACUGUUGGCAGCGAGAACGCAGCAACCGCCCCAAGUUUGAUGAGAUUGUCUGUCUACUGGACAAACUCAUUCGCAAUCCCAGCUCAUUAAAAAAGCUGGUCAACUCCUCACACAGGGUCUCCAACCUGUUAGUGGAGCAUGCCAGUGUAGAAGGGAGCUGCAGCACUCGGAGCCAGACCGUAGGGGAAUGGCUCGACUCCAUCAAGAUGGGUCGUUACACUGAGCUCUUCAUGGAAGGAGGUUACUCUACACUGGAGACGGUGGCUCAGAUGACAUCGGAGGAUUUGCGAAGAGUAGGAGUGAACCUGGCUGGGCAUCAAAAAAAAAUCAUCACUAGUAUUCAGGAGAUGAGAGUCCAUAUGAACAACACCAACUCUACCGUAAACAUCUGAUGCAUAUGUACAGGCACGCACACAAAUACACACAUAUGAACAUACACACAUUAAAUGGACCUAGUAUGUGACGAAAAGACUCGGAUUUGCUGUUGGACCUAGAGCAGCUUAGCACUUUCUACGGACAAAGAAACCCAGUGUUUUAUGGAUCUAAACUGGACGAUCCACAUUUUUGUGGUUCUUGCGUGUGGAGUUUGCUUGUGGUGUCCUUGGGGAUGUUUGACAUUGAAGCACUAAAACCAAACUGAACUGAGCUGAGCGGUGCUACAUGAAGGAAGGAAGACGGUGAGCUAAACUGAACUGAAGUGAAGUUCUUUCAUUCUAAUUAUUCCAUUUGUGUGAAUCUUGGGGAUUGUGAUAUCUCCUGUGCACUGUUUGGAUACUCUCAUAUCAAACGUGAAGCAUAGACCGCCGAUCUGGCUCUGAGAGCAACCAGCACUUUUUGGCUGUAUCACAAAUACGGGAGUUCCAUGCAGCGGGCUCGAACUGAACUUUUUCAGCCCGUCUCAGGUGAUCUGAACCCGGUGGAUCUGAACGGUUUCUCUGGCAAUUUUCUCUGGAAGUACAGCUCCCAUCACGAGUCAUUAAACUGAACACCAUUCUCAGGCGGGGGGAAAAAAAGUAAUAAUGGACCAAGAGCAACAUUUUCAUUAGUUUCAGUCCUUGCUUUGCCAUGCUGAUGUGCUUUGGACUUUGUUUUUCUGUCUUAGGCAGGUCUUCAUGCGACAAGAGUGCAGUUGUACAACCCAGCUGUACGGGUCAUGGAAGGUCCAGACUCAUUCAGCAUCAUAGACUUCAUUAUCUUCCAAAGCGAUGCACGACGAGAGUACAUAAUGCACCCUUCAUUGCUUAAAGAGGCUGAAAUUUAAAAUGUAACAAAGUCCGUGACAUGGAAAGCGUCUGAGUCUGGCUUUGUCCAGAAGAGUUUGGGUCUUAUUGAACCUACAAAAGCAAAGUGUGAAAAGAUUCAAGGCUUUAGGCAUUGGGAUACUCUAUAACUGUUCUUCUGGCUGAAUGUAUAGCACUACAGAAAAUACAACACACAGUUGCAGCAUCAACCUAUUUUGUUUGAUAUGCAAAUGCUGUCAAAUACGGAGAGAAUGUGGCCGUUCUGGUCCUUAAAACCAGCUUCUGAAUGAAGCUGCAGAUUGUAUAAAAUAUUCAGCCGGCUUUCCGUCAUCUUUGCUCUGAAAAUCUGUAGGACUCUCCGCUAAGACCUUGAUGGGUUCCUGCAGAACUCAUUCAGCCGUCAACUCCUAAACCAUGCAGAUUCUAACUGAAAAUUGCUUAAUAUUUCACGCAUGUUUUAGUAGAACAUUCACUUGGAUGCCAGGGAACCUUUGUGUAGGUUCUAGGAACAUCUCACAUUCAAAUCAAUCGGCUUCCCUCAUAGUCUAGAAGAACUGUUUACUGAGAUUCUACUGGAACCUGUGCAGAGACACUAAUGGAUCCUUCACCCAGAUUCUGAUGAACCUUUAUGCAGGCUCUACGUCGGACAUUCAAAUGGAACAGUCAUACAGGUUCUAAUGGAAAUGUCACAUCAUGUUCAAACCAGUAGGAUUCAGCUGGAACAUUCAAUCUAUUGGAAAUUUCAUUCAUGGGAAUUCGUGGAAAGUUCAGUCGAUCAGUGGACCAUUUGCUCAUGUGAUAAUGGAACUGCCAGUCAGAUUGUCAUAGAAAGGAUCACCCAGAUUCUCGUGGGACUGUUUACUGCUAAUCUAAAGGAAUCUCUACUAGGUUUCCAAUGCAGCCUUCACUCGAGUGCACUCAGAAUUUCAUGGAGCCUUCACUUAGAACCAACAACCUUCAGGUACCGCAGAAAACCCUCAGCAAUCUGUUCAGUUCACCAUGCCGUAGAGUCUCUCUCCACCACGUCUGCCACACCACAAUAAACCUCACUCUUACAGGACUGCUGAAAAUAAGGAGGCAAUAUAGAUCAACUUGAUAAUCAUUUUAUUUAUUUAUACUUGUUUAAAAAAUGAGCAAAAAUGAUGUUUGUUUCAUCGUAAUACUCUCUCUUGGACUACUGAGCAGCUCUGCCUACAUGUCUUUCAUGUAUAUAAUGUAUUAUAUAUUUAAAGCAGGGAGCAUUGUUCUUAUGUCUACCAUCAUGUGGACAAGUUGGUAUUGAUCAAGCAUCUCAGAGUAGUACACAUUAGUAAAUAGUGAAAAAUAUUCUAAAUCAGCAUUCCUGCUACUUAGACCUGGGCCACUGUCAGGUGGGGGCAACCAGCACAUCUGUCCCCAUAUAAGGGUGCCCAAACGGGUAUGCAGAAUUAUCAAAUAUUCAUGUUAUGUUGUCAGUGAUUUUGUUUGAGUUUGGUACAAGACCUAGAAAUAUUUUCAGCGGCCCUGAAUGAGACAGCAAUAAAUACUCUGUUGUCUCUAAAAGCCGAAGGAGUGUGCACAGGGAUUGAUAUAGGAACUUCUGGUAUGGUUUAAAUGUAUACGAUGAUGUCAAUGAUCAAGCCCUUGCUUUACUUCUCUUUGGUAUGAUAUAUUAUACAUUGCUACUCAGUGCUUUAUUGCUAAAACUUGACCCUUUUCACCGUUGUGUUCACCUGAGCAGGAGCUGAGUUCUGACAGUAUAUAUUAUCCUCUUUGCAGAUGACAUGCUAAUAUUUUUCUUGGUUAUACACAGUGUACUGCUGGUGCUGUGGCGUAAGAGUGGAAACAAAAUGAGAUUGUAAAGCUAGUUUUAUAAGAAGUGGUAUCACUUGACUGUAUGAAAAGCAUAGAAAAGCACAGAAGAAGAAUGUAAGGUUUUAAAGGGGUAUUUCACUUUUUUAGAGGAUACGUUUCGCUUUUAAACACUCAAACCUCCCUCUGACUUCGAGAGGAAUCAAAGUAAAUUGGCGGAAGAAAGCCAACUCACUUGUGACGUUUAAGCUCUUCCGCCUGCUGAUCAAGAUCAUACUUCUUGACUGGUUUCAUAAAAGAAUGUGAGUGGGGAAUGGUCACAAUUGUGAUUCUUAUAUGGGUAUGUGUUUUUAAAAGUCGAAAUGUUCUACCAGAGUGAAAGUUUGCUUGAAGGAUAAACAUCUGCAUAGUUUCUUUAGUCUACAAUUAUCAAUUUGGUGGUCAAUAUACUAUAUUGUAGUUUAAAUGGUUGCAAAUGAGCUAUUUGGCAACAUCUGUGGUUUUGUACUGUUUUUUAAGCCACAAUUUACUUUUUUUAUUCAAGCAGGUCUUAUUCAUGUCUUCAAAAAUGCAACCAACUUUUUGGCAGUAAAACAUAUGUAUGGUAUGUAGACUAUUGUGGUUAUGCAGAUCUUUAAUUUAGCGGGGGAAUGCAUCAAUAAUAUGGUGCAAUGUUUAUAUUAGACAGUAUAAGGCAUGUACAGUGAAAGUAAUUGUGCUGGGAGGUCUCCUUAGUCAUAUGAAUACCACAGGCGUUUGAUGAAGUUGUCACAGUGUUUUGAUCCCACCCAAAUUUUAUGGUAUUGGCUUUUUACAACCACCCUUUUCAACUUAAUUUUCAACUUAAAACCUAUGCCUGGGGCAUGAACAAUUGGUGAAUAGUACACCCUUAUAAGUGCCUCUCAUCUUUCGAGCACCGUUUUUCCUCCCCCGCCAAAAUGCUAUGCCCCAAUUGUGCCCCAACUUUCUAUGUAUUUACUUUUUGCCAACAAUAUCUACAGGCAAUAAGAAGAAUGUCAGACAAUGUGUAUGUUGGAACUAAUUUAAUUUGCACUUUAUGAGAAAUCUUGUGCCCUUUUUUGUUUGACUAAAAAUGUCUGACUGACUUUUUAGUGUCAAAGUUUUUCUUAAUGAUUUACUAUAUAAAAUUACUAUAAUUACUGUGUUCCCUUACGCUGAUUAUAUCACGUCAUAUUCUCAAUGCUUCCCAUAGUGUACAAUUUGACAGUUAAGCACAAAGCAUUGGUAAUAUUUUUUAAAAACAAAUCAAAGCUAUAUAUAUAUAUAUGGAAAACUAAAGCAUCAUUGAUGUAGAGCACCAUUUUCUUGUGUACGGCACAACGAUACACCUUCAAAACGUAAGCACAGGGUUUAACAGAAAACAGCGAGCGGAUGAUAUGACUUUGCAUAAACGUCAAUAGCACUAGCCCUUGAUGUCAACAAACUUCUGCCAGACAUUUUGUCUGAGAGCUUAGCAUUAACACUGCUAAGUACAAAAGUGUGAAAGCAGGUAUUGAUUUGUUGUCAUUGCAAACAACAAUACAUAUACAGGUUAGUUGAAAGGUGUUGCUGCGCAAAGCAUCUUCAUUAAUUUAGAUGAUUUAUUCUCAGCACUUUUGCAAUGGCAUGAUUUUAUCCUGGCCGUCUCUUGUUAAGCAAUUCUCAUUUAGCAGAAAGAAACAAAGCACAGCAAACCAGCAGUAAAGAUUUAUUGAUGUGUUGUUACUCUACAAUGACUGUCAGCUGGAACUCCAUCAACCAUGCAGUGAAGUGUUAUGCAGGAGCCAAUUUUUUACUGUCAAAUUACAUUGCGUAACACGUUUGAUUUAACAUCUGAAUAAACAACUUUGUUGUUUGAAAUUGACUUUCACAAGAGGGUAAUCUAAUGUUUUCACAUCAAUAUACACAUAAAUUUCCAUAACAAGUUCUUUCGCAUUCGUACACAUUGGAGUUUGUUGGAAUUGGCUCCGUAAUAAAAGCACUGCAUAAACCAUUAGAUAGGAGGUUUGACUGAAUUCUAGCAAAUGUACAAAAGCAAUACCUGAUAUUAAUAGCAAAAAAUAAAACAUAUUUGCAUACACAAAUGCGUGGGGAUAUAACAACCAUACAAGGUUGCACUGACAUCUGACUGGUUUCAAGACACCUUAUAAUGAUGAAAAAUAUAGUGUUAAUGUCUUUAAAAACCUCAGAAAUAAAGCAGAGAAGUGGGCGGGGUUAUUUCUGGGCCACAGUUAUGGUAGUAACAUGUUUUCCUUAGACAAUACAUGACUGUUUUUGACAAGCUGUUUAAGCAUUUCCAACACUUGUACAGUGUGACAUUUCUUUCAGGCAAUGAACAACUGUGCAGAUGAAAAGUCAACGGCACAGGACUGUGUACAUCAAGAGUCUUGUUUCUGGUUGCAAGGAUGUUUGGAAUAAGCUUUAACUCAUUUCACAUCUCUAGCGGACAUCUUUGUCAUGACUACAGCCAUUGACAAUCCACAUUGUUGGGAAAAGUGUGUUGAGUAACAUUGAGAUUUGUGCUAAAAGUAAACUUUUGAGUGCAAAUUUACAGUGUGAAACAUAAUGGCCCCUCCCACUUGACUACUGUAUAGUUAACUUCUCAGGAAGUGGAAAAUAGGUAUUGGGUCAUGGAUAUGAGGUCUUGGGGGAAAAAAUGUGCAGCUUUCACUCAAAGUAUCAAGAUAUAAAAGCAGGUAUGCGAUUAUUAGGUUAUCCCCAGGUCAAAGACAACGAUGAUGUUAUCAGUAACUCACACAUAAGGUUUUAAACAACUGAAUAACUGUUUUGUGAUUCUUUGAAAGCACAGUAAAGAUACUAUUGAUGUGCUAUUGGUUUGUCUUUGAGACUGUCAUGUAUUAUGUUUGUGUUGAUGUUUUUGUAGUGUGUUAUCAAAUUCUAUAUUUUUGCAAUAAAACUUUUAAAAAAUCAA